AUGAAUAUUGAUGAAAGUGGCCUGCACCGGAAGUUGCAACUUUCUGAGUGGGAGGAAAUUCACAAUGAGGCUUACGAGAAUUCAAGAAUUUACAAAGACAAGACGAAAGCAUUCCAUGACAAGAUGAUUUUGAGAAAAGAAUUUUCAAUUGGACAAAAAGUCCUACUCUUCCAGUCACGGCUUCGUCUAUUCCCGGGUAAGUUACGUUCUCGUUGGGUUGGUCCGUUUAUUGUUACUAAUAUAUUUCCUCAUGGUGCAAUAGAGAUUCAAAGUUUGCAGACUUCAAAGAUAUUCAAGGUGAAUGGCUAUAGGCUUAAACCUUACCAUGAUGAGUUUCGAGUUGAAAACGUUGCAGAAGUACUUCUUGAAGAUCCAGUUUAUUUUGAGUAA